GGGGAUAUUGGAUUCGGAGGUUGGAGAAUUGGAUGAGUUUUUGCACACACUGCGUGCUGAGAUUGCUGAUGCUCGAGAGAGAACGUCUUCGUGCAACCACUUGGGCGAAACUUGUCUGGUAAUGAAAGAUAAAAUGUGUGAUUUUGAGCUGUACUUGAAGCAGUCUGAGGAGCAGUUUUCUGUAAUCAAGAUGCAAUCGGCGAAUUUUCAGAGGAAUUUGUCCUCUUUUAAGAGGGAAAAAACUGGGAAAAAUGACGUGGGCGAAAUCAUCAGAGAGGAUAACGAACCUUUUAAUGUGAAGCCGGAGAUAAAUAUGCACACAGCUGAGCAGCAAAGAAAUAUCCUAAGGAUGCUAGAGAAAUCCUUGGCAAGGGAAAUAGAUCUUGAGAAAAAUUUGAAUGACUCCCUGCAAAUUCAAGAAGAGCUAAGACUAAGGAUAUCAUCUUUAGAACAGGAGCUAGUUUAUGCGGAGGAAGAAGCAACUGAUGCGUGGGAAAGGUGGUUUGAGGCAGAUGGUGCAAAUCAGAUCCUGAUGGGGAUUUCAAGAGACUUACUUGGUAGAAUCCAGAUUUCUCAGUUCAAUCUGAAUGGUUUAGCUCAGCGUGAAUCCGAUCUCAGAGCUAAACUUGAUCUUGCUAAUUCAGAGGACUCCACUGUAAGUGAAAAGGUGAAUUCACUCGAGAAGCAGCUAAAAGAAUCUGAACUUCAACUACUGAACACAGAGGCUUCUGCUGAUGAAUAUCAGAAGCUAUAUAAUGUUUUGUGUUCUGAUGUACGAGAUAUGGAAAAUCUUAUUGUAGAACUGAAAGAAAAUGCAUCCAAGGCAGAAAGUAGGGCUAAUAGUGCAGAAGCUGAGUAUAAAUUAUUGGCAGACAAUAAUACUAAACUCAAUGAAGAGCUGGCCUUAAAAGAGGGUGGCGCUGCCACUAAGAAGGUGGAAUUGCUGGAGAGGCGGCUUAAAGAAUCUGAUCUGCAGUUGCAGCACGCAAUAGCAUCUGCUGAAGCUAGUCAGGAGAAACAAAAUAUGUUAUAUUCUACAAUUGAGGAUAUGAAAAAUGUGAUUAAGGAUCUUAAGUCAAAUGUUUAUAAAUUUGAAAGUCGGGCUGACAGUGCAGAGGAGAAAUGUAUUGUAUUAUCUGAAUCUAAUGCCGAGUUAAAUGAGGAGUUAAGUUUUUUGAGGAGUAGAUGUGUAUGUCUGGAGGAAACUCUGCAUCAGGUGGAAAAAACUAAAAUGGCCACAGUGAAAGACAUUGGCAUGCACAUCAUGAACUUUAAAACUUUGGUCACUCAGUUGGCUGUAGAGAGAGAGCGUCUUAAUAAGCAGAUAUCUUCCUUGGCAUUUGAAAACAAAAUUUUGGUAGUAAAGCUAGAGAAGAUAUAUAAGGGUCCUCCUCUAGAUACUAAUGAAUCUAACAGAGAAAGUGGUUCGUCUGCUGGAGAAAUCAAGGAAGAUGUUUGUGAGACUCCUGUCACUUCUCAUAAGGAGGACAUGAAUGGACAGAAUUUAUCAUCUGAGGAGAACGAAAUGAAGCCUGCGGAGCGCAUGCCUGACAUUGGCACUGUGAGGAGGACAGAUGCGGGAGUUCUUAGUCUUAAGCACUUGCUCAUAGCAAUACUUGUCUCACUGGUUUCAGCCGUGGCUUUUUUGCUGUUGAAGGACAAGAAUUUUGAUUUCAGUCAUUAAAAGUACAUUGUUAUCAGGAAUUAUAGUUUUUAAUUUUUAAAUGUAAAGCAUGUUUGUGGGGCAAGGAAGCAGGAAGACAUGGGACUUCUGGUUCCAAAUACCCCCCCCCCCCCCCCGGGAGAGGGGGUUGGUUUUCCCUGCUCUUCGUUUUUUUCCCCAUCGAGUGAUCAAGAUUUUUCUACUUUUUCCGGUUUUUGGAUGGUUCUAGUUUGGAAUGAACUUGCUGAAAACUGCGAUCCUUUAAAUGAUUGCCGGAAAGCAGAAACAGACACCUUCCUUGCAAGUCAUACCGGUUGAUCCAUGUCAUCGGAUUUUCCCCCUUAAUAAUUGACAUCCUGAGUUGACUUUUCUGCGUCGG